AUGACACCGCUGACACUAGUUAUGCUGGCCGACCAGGCUUUGACGCACUCUGUGGCGCUAUAUUUUCAUUACGAUCAACUCUCCAAAGCGGCGGGGACCUUCUCAAACGAAGUACGACAACUCCACAAGCGAAGCACUCGCGUUUCGCUCUCCCUGUGUAUCUUCGGCGAGCUUUUGCGUGGCGAUGGAGCCCGUGUCCUCGACACUAAUAAUCUAAAAAGCAAGAAUGUACAGGAGGUGGUUGAUGAGGCAUCCACGGCUCUAUUUGAGGCUGCUCAUGAUAUUCAAAGGCUCAAGAUCGCUCACAACACUCGGGAGACCCAGGAGACGACCAUCACAAAAGUUUGGGACGGGCUUAAAUCAUACGUCGGCUACACUCUCUCCCCUGCAGAGAAAGAACAGGCCAUGAUUGCGAUUUUAUCAUCCAAACUCGACGACGCGGAAUAUGAUCUCGCCAACCUCAACCACAUAGUCACAGCUACCAUCGCUAGGAUGGUCAGCGAGCUUCUCGAUCGGGAGCGGCAGCCGAGCCCAACAAAGCUUUUCAGGGCAUUCUGGACCCGAAAGCAGCGAGUACCCCCAGCUCUGUCUAGUGUUGUGAAUCUGAGUCGCCGUGAAGCCAAAGCUUGGGUCGAGACUUUGUGUGCCAAAGACGAGACCUACCGCUGUUUCCUCGGCGACACUAAGGUCGUGGUCCUACUCGGAGAGAUCUCAGAUGUGAACGAAAUAGUCGCCUUCCUUCUUUGGAACGUGGGACAGCAUCCCGAACUUUACAAGUUGGACAAAACGCGCCAGCUCCUAACAUACCCUCGAGGCAGCCGCAAGGAUGUUACCGUCCUUGUCUCCGAGGCACCUCAAGAUGGCUGUGACCGAGUGUCUCUCAGGUUCCUCAAUCGAGAAGGCAAGUCUCAUGACUCUGACUCAGUCUUAUUCCUGGAGAUAGGGAUAACGGUUCUUCAGAUGCCCUCGCAAGGCCAGCACCACAUCAAAUACAUUGCGGAAGUACUGGAGCUGCACCCGGACUGGUAUCGUCGCCGUGAUCGUAUUUUGUUUCUAUGGCCCGAUCAAGGCCCCGGGUUCAUGUUUCAAGAUCCGGGCAAUGUGAGCUACAAGGCCGGUGAUUAUUCGGUGUCGUUUUAUGGCGCAAAAAUGACCGUCAUGAAAGACGGUAUGGGCCAUCGGCGCCGCCAGAGUCUGCGGUAUAGCAACUACGACGAUCGUCGAGGAGGAGACUUCAAGAUUCGGUUCGGGACCUCUGAUCACGCAGCGAAAGUGUACAGUCUCCUCAGGAGUAGUACGACGGCCGACAACUAG